CCCUGGGCGGGAGGACGCCGGGCGCCGAGUCCCGGCGCGGCGGCCAGGACCGACCCGAGGGAGGGGCGGGGGUGGGGGCGGCGGCCAGCGCGGCGGCCGCGGCCACGCCAUGUCCCGCCAGGCCAAGGACGACUUCCUGCGGCACUACACGGUCUCCGACCCCCGGGCCCACCCCAAGGGCUACACCGAGUACAAAGUGACCGCGCAGUUCAUCUCAAAGAAGGAUCCCGAGGAUGUCAAAGAGGUGGUGGUCUGGAAGCGCUACAGCGACUUUCGCAAGCUGCACGGGGACCUGGCCUACACGCACCGCAACCUCUUCCGCCGGACCGAGGAGUUUCCCGCCUUCCCGCGUGCCCAGGUGUUCGGCCGGUUCGAGCCAUCAGUGAUCGAGGAGCGGCGGAAGGGGGCAGAGGACUUGCUCCGGUUCACCGUGCACAUUCCGGCGCUCAACAACAGCCCCCAGCUCAAGGAGUUCUUCCGGGGUGGGGAGGUGACCCGGCCCUCUGACUUGGCCCGAGACCUGCACAUCCUGCCGCCCCCUCUCAUCCCAACACUACCCUCCGACGAGCCCCGGUCUGAGGACUCCCGGCUGCCCCAGCCCCUGCCCGCGGAGAGGAGGGGCCUUGAGGAACUGGAGGUGCCAGCAGACCCUGCGCCAUCCAGCCCAGCCCAGGAGGCCCUGGAUCUCCUGUUCAACUGCGGGAGCACUGAGGAGGUGUCUGGCUCCCCGGCCCGCGGCCCCCUGUCUGACGCCGAGCUGGCCCUCUUCGACCCCUUCUCCAAGGAAGAGGGUGCAGGCCCCAGCCCUACCCACGCAGGCUUGCUGGCUGCCAUGGAGGCUGAGGCGCAGGGACCGGCCCAGGAGCCCUGGGAGCCAGGAGGGCCGGAAGAAGAGGAGGAGGAUGGGGAUGGGGGGCCCCCCCCUGCCUAUCUGAGCCGAGCCACGGAGCUCAUCACCCAGGCCCUGCGCGAUGAGAAGGCGGGGGCCUACGCCAAGGCACUGCAGGCCUACCGGGAUGGGGUGCACAUCCUGCUCCGGGGUGUGCCCGAUGACCCGUCCCCGGCCCGCCGGGAGGGCGUGAAGAAAAAGGCAGCCGAGUACCUGAAGCGCGCAGAGGAGAUCUUGCACCAGCACCUGACCCAGGUCCCGCCCUGACAAGCAGCCGCCCGACCCCAGACUCUCGUGCCAGCACUGCCAGCCACACCUUCGUCUUCUCCCUGGUGCCCUUCGUCUUCUCUCCUGGUCUUCUAACUCCUGGAGCCUUUUCUGUCUGUAACUGGACCAAGAAUGAGAACAAUGAAAUUCCCCCCUCCCCGACCACGCCUGCCACAGUGGAAUCUCCAUCUCCCGCCUCUCAUCUCGUCUCUUAUGUCAAGGUUCAAGCAGCAGUGCAGGGCUCAGGAGGUGGCACAGAGGGCUGCGGGUGUGGACGCUGGUACCGCGCGGUCAUCCAAGCCCAGACUGCCCAGCCUCCUCCCCAAAAAGCAGCAGAUCCAGCCACUAAACUUCUGUUUACACAUCUCAUC